UUGGCUCUGUUUGUCUAUAGAAACAAAACAACAGCACAGUGCGAAUUACAAAACCCACGUAACAAACUGAUCAUAAUCGGUCGAAUUCGGAUCGCCGGAGCGCCGUGGUGGCUUAAUGGCGGCGUUGACACUUUUCCUCUUCACAUUGUUUUCAUCACUGCUCCUCACCGCCUCAAUCUCCGACGUCGAGGACGACUCCACCAGAUCAAACGGCCUAGAUCACUUGACCUCCAAGAUCCGCACUCUAGAGAAUCGUAUUGAGGAGAAAACUCAAGAAAUAAAGGACAGGGAUGUGGUGAUUGCAGCUAGGGAGAAGAUGAUCAAUGAAAAUUCACAGAACAUGGCCUCUUUGGAGAGUGAAAUCGCUUCUUUUCGAGACAAUAGAAAUCCAGAUGCUGUGGAGCAGCUGGGUGAAGCUAAUGUGAGAGCGGGUGAAUUGGAAAAUCAGGUGGAGAAACUGAAGAAAGAUCUUGCUAUGCAAAUCGAGGAUAAAGAACAGUUGGAAGCUCGGGCUCAUGAAGUCGGGAAAAAGGCAUCUGAAUUGAAUUCCAAAGCUGAUAAGCUUGAGAAGAUUGUUGAUGAACAGAAAACUAAGUUGCGUAAAACUGAGCGUGCUCUUCAAAUAGCCGAGGAAGAAAUGAUGAAGGCAAAGUUUGAGACAACGUCCAAAACGAAGGAGUUGAUGAAGGUUCAUGGUGCUUGGUUUCCACCAUGGAUGGCUCUCCGUUUAAAUUACUGUCAGUCUCUUUUUGAAAGGAAGUGGAAACUGCAUGCAAAACCUGCUUUGCAACCGUGGAUGCAGAGGGCUAUUGAGAAGAAGGCCCAAGCUAUUGAAUGGGUUGCACCACAUAUUAAAAAACUGAGAACUGAAUGGUUGCCUGCGGUUAAGACAAAGUGGGACGACAAUGUUGAUCCGCAUGUCCAAAAACUAACCAAAAAAACUAUAGACAUAUAUCAAGUAUCAAAGAAUAGUGUAAUGCCAUAUUUCAUCAGAGCUGUGGAUCUUGCUGAUCCUUAUUUUCAGGGACUAAGGCGAGUGAGCACACCAUACAUCACUCAGGUGGCCACUGCAGCAAGACCUCAUGUUAACAGAUUACACUUUGCUGUGGAGCCCUACAUGAAGGGGCCAGUCCGUGCAUAUGGAAAAUUCCUAGAGUCGGCAACUACAUACCAUUAUCAGGUUCAAGACAAGGUGCACGAGAAACUUAAGGGUCACGGGCUUACUAAACAUUUAGCAACGAAAGAGCUAGUCUGGUUCGCUGCCUCUGCACUGCUGGCUCUCCCUGUCUUUUUCCUGUUCAGAAUAUGUUCGGUUGUUUUCUGUGGGAAAAAAGCAAAAAGGCAACCUCGAAGAAAUGUAAGCUCCAGGCAUUAUUAAAAGUAGAGAAGUAAGAUGUUGAGAUGUUGGAAGGGGAAACCCAUUGCAUCGCUUUAUUCACUUAAUGCAAGGCAGGUUUGGCCCCUCUCGGCAGAGUAUGUUUGUAUACGAGGACAUGGACUCAUAAACCAACUCAGUUUUUUUUUCCACCAAAAUUCUUGGAUUUCUUCUGGAAACGUUCCGUGAAUAGCCGGGACAUUGAGGAAUAUCCAUAAAGGCAUUUCGGGAAUCGGUCUGAUUCUAUCUCUGUUCCUUCCGUUUGAAGAAAGGAAGGAUCCCAAAGAAUCGAUCUUUCUUUUAGUGGUUGAAUCUCUCUAUCCCUAGGAAAUUUGAGUCUCGCAAUAUAAGUUAAUUUCUUCAUAAAAUCUUAUCAAACUAUAGGGUAUAUACUAUAAAGGGUGUUAGCAAUAUCUUGUGUCUGAAUUUUUAUUGUACUUUCAUUUUCUUUCGUAAGUAUUUGUCUCCUUUUUAAUCUCGUGAUCUUUCCGUACACUCUAAACAUUAAUAAACUUGGUUUGAUUUUGCUUUA